AUGAACCAGCCGGGAUUUAGUUUCGAGAUUCAACACACCGAUGGCCAAACUUUGGCUCGCCGUGGGGUUUUCACAACGCCGCACGGCCCGGUCGAUACCCCGGCCUUCAUGCCCGUGGGCACGGUGGCGACCGUGAAAGGAAUGACGAUCGAUCAACUUCGGGCCACCGGUUCGCAGAUGAUUCUCGGCAACACCUAUCACUUGGCCCUUCGUCCAGGCGAAGAGGUGAUCCGCGACUUGGGCGGGCUGCACAACUUCAUGGGUUGGGAUGGCCCUAUUCUCACCGAUAGUGGUGGUUUCCAGCUCUUCAGCCUGGCUCGGAUGACCCAGGUGACCGAUCAGGGGGCGGUGUUCCGCUCGCACAUCGAUGGAAGUCAAUUGGAACUCACUCCCGAACGGGCCAUCGCCAUCCAAGAAGCCCUUGGCAGCGACGUGGCGAUGGUGCUCGACCAUGUCCUCGCCCUGCCCGCUUCAAGAGAAGCCAUGGAAGACGCCGUCGAACGCACCCGAGUCUGGGCAGCCCGAUGUCAGGAAGCGGCCACCCGCGACGACCAGGCGCAGUUCGCCAUUGUUCAAGGUGGCCUCGACCCCGAGCUUCGCUCACGCAGUGCCGAGGGGUUGAAGGAGCUGGAUUUCGCCGGCUAUGCCAUUGGGGGGCUCAGCGUUGGCGAAGCUCCCGCGGAGAUGUACACCGCGAUCGAAGCCACCGGGCCGCACCUUCCCCGACAUCGACCCUGCUACCUGAUGGGCGUCGGGCGACCGAUCGACCUGCUGGAGGCCGUCGCUCGGGGGGUGGAUUUGUUCGACUGCGUGAUGCCGACCCGCAAUGGGCGAAAUGCCCUGGCGUUCACCGCUGAAGGUACGUUACGCCUCCGCAAUCUUAAGUUUCAGCGCGACGAGCGCCCGUUGGAGGCCGACUGCCCCUGCCCCGCCUGUCGCCACAGCCGCGGCUAUCUGCGGCACCUCUUUAUGGCGGGUGAAAUGCUAGGGCCCAUCCUGCUCACUGCCCACAAUCUCACCUAUUAUCAGCGGCUCAUGGCGGGGGCUCGGGCUGCCAUCGAAGUGGGCAAUUUUGCGGAGUAUCGCAAGGCCGCCAUAGCCGGCUGGAGCGAAGACUCUCCCGCGGAAGGGGCUGAGUCCUGA